AUGGCCAACCCGCUCCUCACGCCGUUCACUCUCCCCGAUGGCACGGAGCUCUCGAUGCGCAUGGUCUACGCGCCGCUGACGCGCGACCGCGCCCUCGGGACCAUCCCGCAGCCGAACGCCUCGACUUACUACUCGCAGCGCGCGCACAAGGGCGGGCUCAUGCUCACCGAAGGCAUGUGCAUCUCGCCCGAGGCGCACGGGUACCCCGACACCCCGGGGAUCUACACGGAGGCGCAGAUCGCGGCGUGGAAGCCGGUGAUAAAGGCGGUGCACGACAAGGGCGCGCGCUUCUACUACCAGCUGUGGCACGACGGCUCCAACAAGUGCAAGGACGAGUUUGGAGGGUCCUUGGAGAACAGGCUUCGCUUCCCCCUGCAGGUGAUCAAGGCAGUGGCGGACGAGGCGAUCAAGGCAGUGGGCGCUAGAAAGAUGAUCAAGGCAGUGGCGGACGAGGUGGGCGCCAGCAAGGUGUUCAAGGCAGUGGCGGACGAGGUGGGCGUGCGGCUGUCGCUGUACAGCACCUUCCUGGAUGAGACCGACUCCGACCCCGUCGCCACCUACGUGGGGCUCGUGGAGCGGCUGAACGGCCUGGGGCUGGCCUACGUGCACUUCAUUGAGGCGCGCGUGCGCGGGAACGACGACAUGGAAGUUGAGAAGGAGGUGAGCGGCUGUGAGGAGGGCCGCGAGCAAGGGAAUGACGACCUGGAUGUUGAUAAGGAGGUGAGAGGCGAGGAGGAGCUCCCUUGUUGUGAAGGGAGUGAGACUCUGGAGCCAUUCCGCAAGGCAUUCAAGGGGCCAUUCAUUGCUGCUGGCGGCUUCAAGCGCGAGAGCGGCAUGGCAGCGAUUGAGAGCGGGGCAGCGGAUCUGAUCACGUACGGCCGGCUCUUCCUCGCCAACCCCGACCUGCCGAGGCGCUUUGAGCUCAACGCGCCGCUCAACGCGUACGACCGCAUCACCUUCUUCAUCCCCGACCAGGUCAAGGGGUACAUCGACUACCCUUUCCUGGAGGAGCCUAAAAAGGCUGAAUAG